AUGACGGGCAGAACGCCUGUCACGCCAGCAACGUCGGCCCAGGCAAAUCCCGAGUCAAGCGGGGCCCCUGGCCGCAUCUCGCCAAUAUCUCGAUCUUAUACGAACGCGCUUGAAGAGCAAGUCGCUUCUUUGGAGGAUUUUAUCACGAGUUUAGCUAGCUCUACUCACGUAGAGCGAGAUCGGCUACUUGAGAACUAUCAGCAUUCAUCGCUCGAACAUCUACCGGCUCAAUCGAGCGGUUCAGGGCCUUCGCCACGCAGUGGAUUAUACAAGGGCUCGCAGCUGCGGAUGGACAACGGUCGUAUCACCAGAAUUUUUGGGGAGACAAGCUUCUAUCCCAUAGCUCCUCUGGUAGAUGAAGAGCUAGACGAGGAUUUAAGACCAAAUUACCAAGACUCGAACGGUGCUGCGCCAAGUACAAGUUAUACAGUUCCUGCCAUAGGACAUACACAGCUCACGCCUCAAAGCCUAGUCUGUCAGCAAGCCAUGUCGGCCUUUUUUCAACAUGCAUAUUACCAUCACAUGGUGCUUUAUCGAGAGUAUUUCCUUCGCGACUACAAAGCCGGUCAAGGUCCAUAUUACUCCGACCUUCUUUUCUAUGCCAUUGCUUCGAUGGGCGCGUUGUUCUGCACAGACAAUACUACGCGGGAACUAUCUGAAGUUCUUUAUAAGCGCGCUACUGAGCUACUUUAUGGUGGAGCACUCAAUGCGCCGAGUUUCACCACCGUUCAAGCGCUUCUGCUUCUUGGGCAGCGUGAUGUCGGAUGUGGUAACCAUACACAGGGAUGGCUUUUGACAGGCCUUUCAUUUCGAAUGAUUCAUGAGAUGGGUCUUCAUCUAGAUCCGAAUCACUGGAAAACACCUCAUGACUCGGAGGUAAGAUGCGAAGUUCUUCGACGAGUAUACUGGGCCUGUUUUAUUGCAGACAAGCAGUUGAGUCUGUACUUUGGACGACCACCCGCCCUUCACCUCAGUGAAACGGAUGUAAACGACUCCGUUCGCAUCGCCUAUCCUCCCGACUGGGACCUCUUGCUCAACCAGUAUAUCAUGAAAGACACUAUGCGCACACAAUAUGAAGACGGUGUUGCAUUCACCAGCUGUUUUACACAGCUUGCAAAUCUCUCCAAGAUUAUCAAUCGCAUUAUCACGGAGAUUUUUGAAUAUCGCAAGAAUAUUGACGCGAGCAUCCAAGCAGCAUCGACACAUUCAGUCUUUGCUGCACUGACCAAAUGGCUGGCAGAUCUUCCCCCUAAGCUACAUUGGAAUCAAUGGAUGAAGAACACGGUACCGCCGUAUAUUCUACACCUCCAUCUCUAUUACCAUACCGUUGUAAUAUUGUUGUGCCGUCCACCUCGACAAAUCAUGUCUCAUCAUGUUUCUGCCUUCAAACAGAGCUUUGAUAUUUGCGAACAAUCACUCAACGCAAUAUUCCUUCUGUUUGAAAAACACAGAAAGGAUUACGGUUCUAGACCUUUUCCUAUGACAUGCCUGCACACCAUCGCUACUGUGGUCAGCAUGAUAUUGCUCAAAUUACAGGUCCCAAAUUUGUCUAGCGACAUGAAUAAAGCCGUACGACAAUUGGAGCUUAUCUCAGAUAUCAUUGAUAAUGCAGCCAGCACAUGGCCUAGUGCAGGUCCCAUACAGGAUAUAGUAAAUGAAGCUCGGCAAAAAGUGACCCAGAGUCAGACCUCAGAAGAUUCGGUUUCUUAUAAUUGGGAGAAUUUAAUGACACUCGACUGGCAGCUGGAUCCAAAUGCAGAACUCAGUUUGCCCACUGUAUAUGAAGAGCAAAGUCAGUUUGAAGUGUAA